AUGGUAUAUAUUUCGGAUAAAAUAAAAUCAUCAGAUACAUCAAUCUCAUAUGUACCAACACCAUUAGAUUUACCAAUCUCUAGUACUAAUACAACAUCUGAAAAUCAAUCAAAUAUAAUUAAUAACCAAGAAGAAGAUGAAGAAGAAAAUUUUAUUAAAAAUAAUUAUAUUGCACGAACAUUAUUAAAUGAACCUGAAUUACCACCUAUAACAUGGUUAAAUUGGUAUAAAGAAGUUAAUUGGCCUCAAGCAACCUUAUUAUGUCUUGAACCAUUAGUUGCUUUAUAUGGUCUUUUUACAACAUCAUUUAUGUGGCAAACAAUUAUAUUUACAAUAAUAUGGUAUUUUCUUACUGGUUUUGGUAUAACAGCUGGUUAUCAUCGUUUAUUUUCUCAUCGUUCAUAUGAAGCUAAAUUACCAUUACGAUAUUUUUUACUUAUAUUAGGUGCUGGUUCUGUUCAAGGUUCUGCUCAAUGGUGGUCACGUGGUCAUCGUGCACAUCAUCGUUAUACAGAUACAGAUCUUGAUCCAUAUAGUGCACAUAAAGGUAUAUUUUAUUCACAUAUUGGUUGGUUAUUAUUUAAACCACGUCGUAAACCUGGUUUAGUUGAUAUAAGUGAUCUUACAAAUGAUAAAUGUAUACAAUGGCAACAUCGUAAUUAUAUUAGUUUAGCUUUUUUUAUGGCAUUUGUUUUUCCAACAUUAGUUUGUGGUCUUGGAUGGAAUGAUUAUCGUGGUGGUUAUUUUUUUGCUGGUGUACUUCGUCUUGUUUUUGUACAUCAUUCAACAUUUUGUGUUAAUUCAUUAGCACAUUAUUUAGGUGAUGCACCAUAUGAUGAUAGACGUACACCACGUGAUCAUUUUUUUACAGCACUUGUUACACUUGGUGAAGGUUAUCAUAAUUUUCAUCAUGAAUUUCCAUCUGAUUAUCGUAAUGCACUUAAAUGGUUUCAAUAUGAUCCAACAAAAUAUUUAAUAGAAUUUUUUAAAUUAAUUAAACUUGCAAAUAAUCUUAAAGAAUUUCCUAAAAAUGAAAUACGUAAAGGUCGUUAUACAAUGGCACAUAAAGAAUUAAAUCGUUUUGGACAAACAAUUAUAUGGCCAAAAGAUAAUUUAAAUUUACCAAUUAUAACAUUUGAAGAAUAUCAAGAAUUAACAAAAAAAAAUGAUAAUCGUUUACUUAUUUUAAUUGCUGGUUUUAUUCAUGAUGUUAGUCAUUUUAUUGAUUCACAUCCAGGUGGUCGAACUAUAAUUAAAAGUUAUAUUGGUAAAGAUGCUACUGUUGCAUUUUAUGGUGGUAUACAUGAUCAUAAUACAGCAGCACAUAAUAUACUUGCUAUGAUGCGAGUUGCUAUUUGUAAAUAUGGUGGUGAAGUAGAAUAUAUUAAGAAAAGAUUAGGACAUAUUCAAACUCCGACUCCUAUUUUUGCCUAA